AUGUCUAGUAGCGGGAGAAAUUUCACGAUUUCGUCGUUACUUGACUCUAAUGAAGACAAUAAUAGAAGAGCUGCGCAAAAUACCUCGAGCCAGCUAUCACCAAAGCAUUUAACAGUGGGCGGUGUAGAUAACGGUGCAACAAUUGUCGGUUCCAGAUCACCCACACCCGACAUAAGGGCGCAGUUCAUGGCUACAGCAGCACCAUCACAACCUUCGUUCCAACGUCCGAUCCUAGUACAAGAUGAAAACAUAACUAAAAGGAAAACAGUGAAAGGAGUGAAUGAGAUUAUUCUAGUGGAUGAUGGUCCACCGGCUCCAGGCUUGGGUCCACCAAAACGUAGAACCAUCAAGAAGAAGUCUCCUCCAGCUCAGUCGACUUUGAAAUCAGGUUCAAGUUUACCAAUGCUUGUACCCAAACCGAGCCAAUCUGCAUCUCCAACCCCGGGCCUUUCAUUCCACUCCAACCCGCUAACAUAUAAAGGCAGUGCAACCCCAUCUACCCCAGGACCCAAUGCAUCUGGAGUGAACGAUCAAAUCCGACUGUUCCAGACAAGCUUUAAACUAGCACCCACCCCGACACCUUCGAGUAAGACAUCUAUCAAUAGUAUAAUCAACGUGGACGAUGGGCCGGAAACCUUGAGCCCGGAAAAGCCGAUCUCUGGCACCAGCAACAAGAACGGUACUAAUAGUGCAGUGGCAGAAGGAACUGCAGCACCAGGUACUUCUGUAGAAGCUUCAGCUACACCUGCGCCAGUCAAGAAGAAGAGAGCACCCAGAAAAAAGAAGGAACAAACGGAUGGACCAGCUCAGAAGAAGAAGAAAACUGAAGAAGUUAAAAAGGAAGCAACACCUGCGAAUGGUUCAGAUAAGGGAGCAGUUCAGACUCCAGAACCAACAGCAUCUGCCUCAGGGACAGUAGAUUCCACAAGUACUUCCACUGCCGCUAACACGGUACCAGAACCUAAGGUAGAACCAAUAACUGCCACCCUAACAUCGGAGAAGAAUCCCAAGCAGGAACAAGUAAAUCUUCCACCAGCAUCCAUUAUAGAAUUGAAUGGUAAUACUGCCACUGCAGCUGCUGAAGUGAAAAAGGAGGAACCCCCAAUAAUAGCAUUAAACAUCCCGUUACUCGAUCCAAACAAUCCAAAACCAGGCCAGUCGCAAGUAGUAAUUAACGUUCUUAAGCUUACUGAAGACAAGUAUGGGUGGAAUGUGAUGCACCCGAAUGCAAAAUCGGCAAUAGAUUUAAUGGAUGAUAUGAUAGACGAUGAAGAGGACGCUGCAGACGAAGAAGAAGAGGAAGCGGUUGUAGAAAAGGAAAAUAUAGAAGGCACGAGUAGCAGUGGACCUAAAAAGAAAAAGGAAGAAGAAGAACUUACCGAGGAGCAACUCGUUAGGCAGCAUGAAGUGAAAAUGAAUAGAAAGGUUGGUAAAUAUGACUAUGAAGAUCCGUUCAUAGACGAUGAAGAAUUGCAAUGGGAAGAGGAGAUAACCUCAACAAAAGAAGGCUUCUUUGUUUACUGGGGUCCACUAGUUGAUGAUAGACUGAGUACAGGUAAAAAGGCAGGGAGUAAGACCAAAAAGUAA